ACCGUAAUGUCCUCCUUCGCUGACGUUGACCUUUCCUACACAAUCAGCGAGAAUGGUUAUCAUCCGACAAUCACUGUUAAUUGGAACUCCUCGUACAAUGCGGCAUGCUCUCUUCAUAUUCUCUUAUCCUUGCCUCCGGUAGCGUAUGUGGAUCCGUAUGAACUACAGACCAGCUAUGCCGACCACUAUGCGGUUCAUUUGAUUGGCCAUCGUGGAUUGGAGCUUCCAGCCAUGGCAGUAGAUAACCAGGAGAGCCAUUUACUGCUUGACGUCAAGAAAGCUCAGGAAACCAAUGAACCGUUAGAUAUACCAAUCCCAAUCCACUUUCGUUACGCAGCACUCUCCUCCUCCCACACGUACGGAGAGGUGAAGAUACUCGCUCCGAAAGGCUUCAUGGCUUGCUCUUCUCUGGAACAGGAACGCGAACAGAGGCCAUCGCACGACCUUACGGUUCUGGAUCUUCCUACCGAGUUUCGGUCCCUUUUCAGCAACCAUCUUUCGGUCAUUCCCAUCUCCAAAGACGGACCUCUGUUCAGCACUCUGCGUGUACCUAUUGGCAACCCCCUGCACAUCACCCACGUUGAGUUGGGGACUUCCAUCACCGUGAUCGCAUGCUUUCUCUACCUAAGCUGGUUGAGCUGGCGUACCAAAAUCCGACUCGAUGAACAAGAGAAGAACUCACGAAUGAAAAAGCUGAAAUAGCUGAAAUAAGCUCUUGUGAACAGCAGCGUGCAUCCUGCUGAGACAGUCAUAGACCGUUUCAGCGAUGUCGAUUUCGAAGGCAGCUUGUCCUCCGGGCGCACAUAGAUUGAUCAUCUUUGGUGCCCACCUCUCUUUGGUUCUAGCACGGCCUCCGCGUACUGAACUUGGUGAUCAGAGCACUGCUGAGCUUGACCGCAAGCGCUUUACUUUUCUCAACGCACGCAUUCGAGAG